GGUCCGUGGGUCUUCAUCCAAGCCAUUCACUGCCUUCAACAGUGAACAACACAACUCAACACAUCACUACUCAUUUUGAGAGCCAGAAAGUGAGAAGAACAAGAGAGAGAGAGAGAUUAGAACAAGAGAGAGAGAGAGAGAGAGAAAAAACACUUGACGAUCAACAUGAACAACCAAAUUGACGAAGACCACAUGGCACUAAUUUCCCAGCUCUACCCGGGUGUCUACACCCAAAUGGUACCUCAACAAGGCGAGGCGAAACCUAGACGCCGUCGAAGGAAGAACAAGAGCGGUGAAGGCGGUGGCUGCGCGGCUGCGAAAAAGCGAAAGCUGAGCUCUGAGCAGGUGAAUCUACUGGAGAUGAACUUCGGAAACGAACACAAGCUGGAAUCGGAAAGAAAGGACCGUCUGGCCUCUGAACUUGGCCUUGAUCCUCGCCAAGUGGCCGUUUGGUUCCAGAACCGAAGGGCUCGCUGGAAGAACAAGAAGCUCGAGGAGGAAUACUCCACCUUGAAGAAAAUGCAUGACAACGUCGUCGUUGAGAAAUGCCGUCUUGAAUCCGAGGUGCUACAACUCAAGGAACAGAUAAUGGAUGCUAAGAAGGAGAUCCAGCGGCUGGCAGAGCGCGCCGAGGGGGUCUCGAGCAACAGUCCGAGCUCGUCGCUCUCGGUGGAAGCCGUGGAACCUCCCUUCCUAGGGGAAUUUGGGGUGGUGUCUGAAGGAUAUGACAACAUGUUUUAUGCUGCCGAGAACAAUUACAUUCAUGGGAUGGAGUGGGUGAAUUUGUACCUGUGAACUUCUAAUUAGGAGUAAUUUUUAGUCGUGUGUAGAUAUAGUGAUAAUAUGUAAUUUUGUAAUUAAAUCGUUCUCUUUUAUCUAUUAUCUAGAACCAGCUAGCUAGUUUCAGCGUGCUUGACUAAAAGCCUUUAAUCCUAUAUUAGCUUAAUUUCUAUAUGACUUGCACCUUUUGACUAGAAAAAUAUUGGAGGUGGAUUUGAUCACUAGUGCUGUUCAGGCCUCAGUAUUUUAAUGUAUAUAAAAGUAUUAGAUCAUGAUUUGCCUCUUGUCAA